GAGUCGCAGUCUUGUGAAGAUUGUGCUCCAACACUGCAGGCGCCUUACAGAUGUGUCUCCUCUCGCAUCCAUCGAGACACUGGAAGAGGUGAACACGUCUGGGUCUGAAGGAGGAGUGAGAACUGUUGGUGCACUUGGCAGGCUGCCUGUCCUGCGUGUGCUUGAUUUGGAAUACACCGCUAUUACCGACGAGGAGUUGGAGGCUCUAAGUGGGAGUCGCAGUCUUGUGAAGAUUAUGCUCCAACACUGCAGGCACCUUACAGAUGUGUCUCCUCUCGCAUCCAUCGAGACACUGGAGGAGGUGUACCCGUGUGGGUCUGAAGGAGGAGUGAGAACUGUUGGUGCCCUUGGCAGGCUGCCUGUCCUGCGUGUGCUUGA